CGAAAGAGGAAGGAAUAUUCCAUCCAUCUAUAAAAACAACGCACAAAAUCUAUUUUGGACGCAAUCCAUCUCUUGGUACUGAUUGAAACGGUUUGAUUUAAUUGUUCCACCAGAAAUUAACACAAUAUGUUCAAGAUAAUUCUGCUGGUAUUUUCAAUUGUGGCCUACUCCGGCGCACAAGGGCCACUUAUUCGUGGAAUAGAACGUGGUUUGGAGCGCGCAGUUGAAAAUGCAGCUGAACGGGUAAUAGAACGUGAAGUGCAGCGAGAGAACUUCGGAAGAGGUGGCUAUAAUAAUGGAUACAACAAUGAUGGACUGAAUCAAGGUGGAUUGGGUGGCUUUGAUAACAUCGGCGGUGCUGGUCGUCUUAACAAUUAUGGCGGCGGACUUAAUCGAUAUGACAAUGGCGUUCGUCCAAUCGGUGGUGGCAUCGUGCCAAUCGGAGGCGCUGGUAUUGGAGGAACAGGAGUUGGACGUGGAUAUCGGGGACCGGGUGUCUUCUAGUCAAUGAUCUACUCACGAAAUGCAUGUAAAAAAGAGUCUACUUUAAUCGUAAUCAUUAUUAAGUCAUAGUUUUUAAUAAACGGUAUCAACAAACAAAUCGGUAUCAUCUUGUGGUUCUUAUUUGUUUUGAUCAAUUGAUUAAUCGAGAAGCAAGUUUAAAAAAAAAACAGACUUUUUAUUCAAACGCAGUACUGAGCAAAGUCAGCAAAAAACCAGGUAUCAAAAUGUUUUGAAUACGUUCUUUUUUCCCAUGAAUAUUGACAAUCGUUUGUGUAUACAGUAGAUUAUUCCAAUGAAUUUGCAUAUUUUAUGAACGGUUCCGUGCGAAUUGAUUCAGCGCUGGGAAUCCCACAUUGUUUAUGUGAUUUUAAUUACUGUCGAUCUCAUAGGCUUCAUUUCCUAUGUGCGCUACACGCUGCUAAGAAUAGCAUCCAUAAUAUUAUAAUGCUCAGAUUCUGAAUCGUAUAAUAUACGCAUUAUUAUUUUGCCAUUUCUACGUGAAUUGAUCCUACGAUCAAGUUAUAUAAUAACAUAUAAAAUAAAUUAUUUUGGUGGUUAAGCAAGAAUGACUGAACAUGAUUUGCAGAAAAACGAAUAAUUUUUCGGGAGUCAGGCAUAUAAAAGCGGUGCCAAAAUUCCCACCGCACUCAUUAUCCCAUUGAAAUCAAUCGAAACUGUUUGAAGUGUUUUUGUCUCACACUCGAGAUUGUUAUAAGUUUUAAAAUGUUCAAGAUUAAGACUGUCUUGCUUUUUCUCUCAAUUAUUGUGGCCUACGCUAGUGCACAACUUUUCCAGGGCAUAGAACGUGGAAUUGAGCAGGGCAUAGAGCGUGCUGUUGAGAAUGUAGUUGAAAAUGUGGCAGAACGUGUAGUAGAUAACGAUUUCGGAAACAAUGGGUACAACGGCUAUAAUGGUGGCUAUAAUGGUGGCUACAAUGGUAAUGGUUAUUAUGGUGGCUACUAAUUCACGAUCAAAGAUAAAAAUGUCGAAAUAUCAAGAUGAAUGGAAAAAAAUUAAGAAAAUUCCAAACUCCCAAAAUGUUUAUCGUUUUAACCUUUUAAGAUGAUGUUGUUACAAUUUAAAAAUAUAUUCUUUCCAGAAUAAAAUAUUCCGCAAAAAAACACUCUUCGAAAUUUAUUCAAAAUUGUUUACUUUCGAGUUGAGACCAAUUGAUAUGGGUCAAAAUCCACACACCUAUUUCGGUCAAAAAAGCACCGCAUAAAUAGAAGAACCGGUUUCAGACGUCAUUCAUUUUGACUGUCGUUACCAUCGUCACGCUCAUUUUUAUUUUUGGCUACAAAUUUGAUACGCUUUGUUGCUAGUAAAGUCAUUUUUCGCAUAGUCCAAAUUUGCCAUUUUAUUUUCGUAAAAUUUGUGUGUUGGGAAUCAUUUAUGACAUUGGUGCUAUUGCGAAAAUUUUCGGAAAUUACACCGGAAAAAGAUUUAAUGUACUUAUUUUGGCUCUGGGCUCUGACUUUCCACCGGAAGGGACUUAUUCAAACGUUAUGUUUUUUUGCGGUUGGCCGUUAUGAAGAUUAUGCCAAGGAGAAACAAUCGACAAAAACGACGUUGUUUACCUUCGUUUGUCUGAUGACAUACGCAAAGCAUGUAACACGUAACGAAAUCAAACUGGUUUAUUCCCAUUAAUCUAUCGUCAUUCAAACCAAACAAAUUAAUGUACCGAAGACGAUAUCAGUCGACAUAUAAAUCGCGGAUGAGUGUCUUCACAACAAACAGUCUCAAUUUGGAUUUCAUUGG